AUGGUCAAACGAAUUGUCCAGCAUCCUCUGAGCAUCUGUCGACCUGUCGUUCAACAGCCAAUCGACCAUGGCGAAAGCAUCCAACAUCGCAUUGUAAGGGUGACCGAAGAUAUCGAGUGCUUGAAAAGGUUCUACUCAAUCGAUAUUUCACCGACCACGGUGGCCAAAUUGAAAAAGUACUAUCAUGAAGAGCUGGGAGAACUGGAGGCUUUGCCAUUUCAAUCCUACAACCAGGAGGAUAAGAUAGAUUUCCUACUUCUGAGCAACUUUCUGAGACGGAGCCUCCGACGACUCGAAUUGGAUGAAACUCGGAUUAAAAAGAUGGACCCCCUACUACGGCCAUUUGCUCCGUCCAUUAUUCAAUUAUGCGAGGACAGGCAAAAGGUUGCCCCGGUGGAUGGCCAGGUCGCAGCGCAGCGGCUCGAGGACAUCUCUAAAGCGAUAACAUCUCUCAUGACAAGGCUCGAGAAAGGCGACAUUGAAAUAGACAAAUUUAGCGCCUUCCGCGCCGCCAGUGCCGUGGAGCAACUUCAGCAUUCUCUCGCAGAAUGGUUCAGCUUUUACGAAGGAUACGAGCCUCUACUGACUUGGUGGACAUCACAGCCGCAUUCUCAAGUGAUUGUGAAAUUGGAAGACCUUGCGGCAGCCAUUCGACGAAACAUUGUUGGCUUGGAUCCGGAUGAAGAAGACCCCAUCGUCGGCCAACCAAUCGGCUAUGAAGGUUUGCUUGCUGACCUAGAAGCCGAAGUGAUACCCUACACUCCAGAGGAGCUGAUCACAAUCGGCGAGAAGGAAUAUAUAUGGUGUGAACGAGAGAUGAAGAAUGCUUCACGGGAAUUGGGCUUUGGAGAAGAUUGGCGUAGGGCAUUAGAAUACGUCAAGAAUCUUUACGUUUCUCCUGGGCAGCAACCGCAACUCGUUCGCAAACUUGCGGAUGAAGCUAUCGAAUAUGUAACCAAGAAUGAUUUGGUGACCGUUCCUCCUCUGGCUGCUGAGACGUGGAGGACGUUCAUGAUGUCUCCCUCCGCACAGAAAGUAGCCCCUUUUUUCCUGGGCGGCGAAUCUAUUCGGGUCUCCUUCCCUACCUCCUCAAUGGACCACAACGACAAGCUCAUGAGCCUUCGCUCAAACAACGUCCACUUCUCCCGUGCCACUGUCUUCCACGAGCUCAUUCCUGGACACCACUUACAACUCUACAUGGCCUCUCGUUACCGUCCCUAUCGCCAGCUCUUCACCACCCCGUUCUGGAUCGAGGGUGGUGCUUUGUACUGGGAAAUGACUUUUUGGGAUAGAGGAUUCCCACAAAGCCCAGAGAACCGCAUCGGAAUGCUCUUCUGGCGCAUGCAUCGCUGCGCCCGCAUCAUCUUCUCACUCAAGUUUCAUAUGGGCCAGAUGACACCACAGGAGUGCAUCGACUUUCUCGUCUCGCGGGUCGGACACGAACGCGCCACAGCGGAGGGCGAGGUUCGUCGGUCAUUCAAUGGUGAUUAUUCCCCGUUAUAUCAGGCCGGGUAUAUGCUUGGUGCCCUACAGCUUCGGUCACUGAGACGUGAGAUUGUGGAUUCUGGAAUUAUUGGAGAAAAGGAGUUCCAUGAUUGGAUUCUGAGGGAAAACCAGAUGCCGAUUGAAUUUCUCAGGGCUAUAAUGCAGGAUUUACCCUUAACACCGGAGUAUAAGCCGUCGUGGAAAUUUUAUGGGUAG